AUGUUUCGAUUCGGAAUUUUAAUUAUUUUCUGUUGGGCCUUGAUUGUGAGGGAGGGCAGAUCUCUCGAGCCUUCGGAUGAACUUAUUACCAUCAAAGGAGGUGAAUUUCCCAUUAAGCCAGUGCCAGAUGGUCGCAUUGUUGGUGGCCAGGUGAUAAACAUUACCGAUGCUCCCUAUCAGAUAUCGCUGCAAACCCGAUCAAUGCACAUUUGUGGUGGUUCCAUUAUAUCGAAGGAAUGGAUACUGACAGCGGCCCAUUGUACCUAUGGACGCAUUGCCUCCGACCUUAAGGUGCGUUUGGGCAGCACCGAUACCGACAAGGAUGGUGAUCUCUUCGAUGUUGUCGAAAUGGUACAACACGAGAAGUUCAGCAUUCGCAACGUCGACUACGAUUAUUCUUUGAUCAAAUUAUCCCGAGAAAUUGAAUUUGAUGAGACGAAACAAAUUGUAGAGUUACCCAAGCUGAAGGAGGACUUUGUGGAUGGUACUAUGUGUUUGGUGACGGGAUGGGGUAACACGAAGAAUAAGACCGAUUGGGAACAGUUGCUGCGUCAAACGAAGGUUCCAAUAUUUAAUCAAAAGGAUUGUUCGAGAAAAUAUGGCAUAUUUGGUGGGGUGACGGAACGUAUGUUGUGUGCCGGCUACGCUGAGGGUGGUAAGGAUGCAUGUCAGGGUGAUUCGGGUGGACCAUUGGUCACAGAUGAUGGUAUUUUAAUUGGUGUCGUAUCAUGGGGUUAUGGUUGUGCUCGGCCUAAUUAUCCGGGUAUUUAUUCGAGGGUUGCUUAUGUAAGGGAUUGGAUUAAGGAUCAUGCUGGAAUUUAA